GUUCCAGGGGUAUUUGACAGGAGCAGCGAAGCUGCACUGGACGCGGAGGACCGCGCCGGAGCCUACGGGGAGCUGGUCAGGUCUGGACCACCCGCAGGAGAGGUCGCGCAGCAGUUCCAGCCGCGCUUGUCCACUCGGCUUUCCAGGGCCGGCGUGCCAGGGCGCCGGGUGCGGCCACUGCUCAGUGUCGCCCGUGCCCUCCGGGCAGAGAGCCCUGCCGUCCCCUGCGUGGCCACCAUGCUGCUUCCCCAGCUCUGCUGGCUGCCGCUGCUCGCGGGGCUGCUGCCGCUGGCGUCCGCGCAGAAGUUUUCAGCGCUCACGUUUUUGAGAGUUGAUCAAGAUAAAGACAAAGAUUGUAGCUUGGACUGUGCGGGCUCUCCCCAGAAACCUCUCUGUGCAUCUGACGGAAGAACCUUCUUAUCCCGCUGUGAAUUUCAACGCGCCAAGUGCAAAGACCCCCAGCUAGAGAUUGCAUACCGAGGGAACUGCAAAGACAUGUCUAGGUGUGUGGCCGAGAGGAAGUAUACCCAGGAGCAAGCUCGGAAGGAGUUCCAGCAAGUAUUUAUCCCAGAAUGCAACGAAGAUGGCACCUACAGCCAGGUCCAGUGUCACAGCUACACAGGCUACUGCUGGUGUGUCACACCCAACGGAAGGCCUAUCAGCGGCACGGCCGUGGCCCACAAGACGCCCAGGUGUCCGGGUUCCCUAAAUGAAAAGUUACCCCAACGGGAAGGCACAGGAAAAACAGUCUCCUUGCAAAUCUUUUCCGUUCUGAAUUCAGAUGAUGCCGCGGCUCCAGCGUUGGAGACACACCCUCAAGGGGAUGAGGAAGAUAUCGCGUCACGAUAUCCCACCCUCUGGACUGAGCAGGUUAAAAGUCGACAGAACAAAACCAACAAGAAUUCAGUUUCGUCCUGUGACCAGGAACAUCAGUCGGCCCUGGAGGAAGCCAGGCAGCCCAAGAACGAGAACGUGGUGAUACCCGAGUGUGCACACGGUGGCCUCUACAAGCCUGUGCAGUGCCACCCCUCCACGGGGUACUGCUGGUGUGUCCUGGUGGACACAGGACGCCCCAUUCCCGGCACAUCCACAAGGUAUGAGCAACCAAAAUGUGACAAUACGGCCAGGGCGCACCCCGCCAGAGCCAGGGACCUGUACAAGGGCCGCCAGCUGCAGGGUUGUCCUGGUGCCAAAAAGCACGAGUUUCUGACCAGUGUUCUAGACGCGCUCUCUACGGAUAUGGUCCACGCUGUGUCUGACCCGUCCUCCCCGUCCGGCAGGCUCUCGGAACCCGACCCCAGCCACACGCUGGAGGAGAGAGUGGUACACUGGUACUUCAAACUGCUGGACAGGAACUCCAGCGGGGACAUCGGCAAGAAGGAAAUCAAGCCCUUUAAGAGAUUCCUUCGGAAAAAGUCAAAGCCCAAGAAGUGUGUGAAGAAGUUUGUUGAAUACUGUGACGUGAACAACGACAAAUCCAUCUCCGUGCAGGAGCUGAUGGGCUGCCUGGGCAUCACCAAGGAGGAGGGCAAGGCAAACACCAGGAAACGGCACACCCCUAGAAGGAAUGCUGAAACCACUUCUAAUAGACAGCCAAGGAAACAAGGAUGAAAGGCUGAGGCAUCCAAGGCCGUUCCUAGACAUGUGGGAAACUCCCUCACCAAAGAGCAAUUAAAAAAACAAAAACAAAAACACAUAGUAUUUGCACUUUGUACUUUAAAUGUAAAUUCACUUUGUAGAAAUGAGAUAUUUAAACAGACUGUUCUAAUCUGUGAAAAAUGGAAAGCUGGCUUCAGAAAAUUAAUCACAUACAAUGUAUGUGCCCUGCUUUGACCUUUGAAAUCUGUGCUUGGUGGAGAUGAAUUUUGCAUGCGUUGGAGCUCCCUUCUCUGCUCCUCCACACUGUAACAGACAUCUCAGUGGGAGGCUCCCCGGCUGCAGCCACAGCACAGCACAGUCACCACAGUCCGCUGUGCUCGCGGCCUUCUGAAUUGUCUAUGGGGAGUGCCACGAUGCCACAGAAGUUUGUAACAUGCUGCUGGCCCGUUCUGCAGUUAACUGCCAUGGGUCAGUUUGUUUCUUGGGAUUUUGUGUUUGUUUUGUUUUGCCUUCCAGAGAUCACUCUCAGACCAUUGAGUUAGCAGCCAAGAAUGCAAUCGAAUUUAGUGCAGGUAGCUCCCCAGUAGGAAAGAAUAUUUUCACAUAACAAUGGUGACAGUUUGCUUCAAACUGUCUUUGUUUUUCUAUGUCAAGCUUCUGUUUGAGAGCAUUGGGCUCUAAGUGAUCCUGCUGUUAAAUUUGGAGAGAAUUGUUUCUGCUGAGGGAGUCCCGGAGGGAAGCCCUUCUUCAGGAAAGUAAGUCCCUUGUGGUGUCACUGACCGCUCAGCUCACUUGUCUGCCUGUGUCUCUCCCACACAUGGUCACUUCCCUCCACUGUGGCCUACCCCAGGACCCACAGGGAGGUAAAAUGAUCAUCUGAAGAUGUUAUGGACAGUCCCUUAAUGAGAUACAGCCAGGACUUGGGCCCCAGGUGCUCAUCUCAGCAGCAAGAAGGGCCUGCUGUCCCCACGUUCCUUUCAUUCUUUCCUGGAGGCCUCAAAGGUGCAAGGACUUAGCAACGGGAAAGUUCCUGAGAGGGAAGGGUGACAAGGGAAGGCCCACACUGUGGGCAGCAGAACUGGCCUGCCCGUGUGUGCCCCAACUGGCGGAGGUCAGCUCUCGUCCUUUGUCCCCGAGGAGCCAUUUGGAGGAUGGUCCCAGAGGUGGGUCUGGCAAGUUGAGGCUAUCUCAGUUCAGAAUUUUGAUUGGAAAAAAAAUCUUCCUGGCCCAAAUCACCCAAACUACAACAUGUGAAGUGGUGUCCGUGGAUGAGUACAGAGAAGAUACUGAAUGGGGUGUGUUAUUUGAACUGUACAAAGUAAACAAGUACAACUCAAGUACUUGUCAACAUUGUUUAAGCGACAGUUAUGAUCCUAAACUUUUUGGAUAAUCUUUUAUAUUUCUGACCUUUGAAUUUAAUCACUUUUCUUAGAUUAAAAUAAAAUAUGUUAUUAAAA